UGAAGCCAGGGCUGGGGAAAGCAAAAAAAAAAUGGAAGUGCUCUUUAGUGUGCGUUAAUUCGUUAAAAUAGCCCGUUUAAUACAUGAUACACAUUCGUUGUGUGGUUGGAAGUUUGCGUAUUGGCUAUGCCCCCGUUGCGCGCCAUAUGGUUACCCCCCCACCGCUCCCCACACCGCUGGAGGUGAGGCGCACCCGGCUGGAGAGAAGCUCCGCGCAGCUGGAGGUAUCACCUCAAAAGUCCUGGAAGUCAUCCACCGGUGGGAUUCUUGUUUUUUUCCCCCCGCACUUUGGAAUUUCACUUCGGCUUGUUUUGUUUCCUGUGGAAUGCGUGGAAUUAAUUAAAAGAGGGGGGAAAUGUGUGUGGGGGGGGGCAUCAUUAAGAGAAGAUUGGACUGUGGAGCAACGGGCUGUUCUUCGCCAGGACGUCCAUCAACAUGGAUGGUUGGAGAACAUUCCAUGUGUUCUUUGGGUCCAUCAUAACGUUGGCAGUCACGGUCAAGUGCGGGCUGCCGCCUCCCACCAUCAUCUCGGACCAGACGGAAUUCGUCCUGAGACCAGACUCCGUGUUCAACGUCAGCUGCAGCGGGACCGGCAGCGUUGUGUGGGCCGAGCCUCUGCCCCGGAAUACGUUCGUGUUGCCGGGCUACAUGACGGCCACCUUGUUCAUUUACAACGCCACCGCGGCCAACACCGGCUACUACGUUUGCGUGGACGAGCUUUUGGCGGCAAACCCGGCAGCAGGUGACCCGGAAGUGGAGCAGGAAGCCGAGAUUUACGUUUUUGUCCCAGAUCCCAAGGUCCCCUUCAUCCCUGAGAGCCCCAGCAAUCUGGUUGUCACCUCGGAUGCCAUGGGAGCAUCCAUCCCCUGUCGUGUGUCCGAUCCCAACUCCCACGUCACCCUGAGAAGCGUACCUGGCGGGGAGAAGAUGCCCGUCUUCUAUGACAAUAAGCUGGGCUUCUUCGGGAGCCUUUCUCCGGGCCAGUACCAGUGUGAAACCACCGUUGAGGGCCGGGUGCUCACCAGUGCUGUCUACACUGUCAAAGAUCAUGUCGAGGCAGAGGCCGAGGACUUCAACGUGGACGUCAAAGUCAGCGCGGAGGAAUUGCGUGCGGGGCAGCCCCUCAACAUCACCUGCGUGGCCCCCGCCGGCUCCUCUUUUCACCAGCAGUGGCUCCACCCGAAAACACAGGCUGUCAAAGCAGUUCAGAUGAAACAGAACUUUCCCGACAGGGUCGUCUACACCCUGGUGAUCCAACGAACCGGCACUCAGGAUGGCGGCACCUACGAGUGCUCCGUCACCCACCAAGUCAGCGGAAAGGUCCGCGUGAGCGCCGUGGCUGUCAAAGUCUUCGAGGAGAGUUCCUUCGUGACCCUGGACCACAGCGGGAUCCUCGCGACUGAGUUUGUCAGCCUUCUGGAGGAAACCGAGUUCACCAUCCUCAUCCAUGCGUCCCCCUCGCCCAAAGUGAGCUGGCAGCGAGAUGGCAAGGACAUAACAGACAGUUACUACAUUCUCACCAAAACAAGCCACCUUCAUGGAAACAGGUACCAGAGCAUUCUGACAUUUCGGCAGCCUCUGGAAAGAAACAGCGGCACGUACACCAUCACGGCCGUGAGCGGCUCUCGCACGGCCCAGUUCUCCUUCGCCCUCAAAGUCAGAUCUUCCACUGCUUUGACCUUCCCGCCAUCCUCGGGCCCGGUGCUGCUGCCACAGACAGAGGAAAUGGUGGUGGCCCUGCACGCUCCCUUCACGCUGACCUGCCGGGGCGAAGCGAGACUGGCUUGGGACGUGCCGCUCGACGUGCCUGAGCAGACGCAGGAGGACAACAGCGGUCUAUUUGUCACGACCCUCACGGUGGACCAAGCCACGGCCAUGCACACUGGCUUCUACACUUGCUUCUACAGCCACAACAACACAGACGAGGCGGAGGAGAGCAGCAUCUACGUCUACGUGCCAGAUCCUGAUGUUCCUUUUGUGCCACCGGGGCCCUUCGGGAAUCACGUCCUGUCUGGUCAUGAGGAGAUGGAGAUUCAGUGUCGGGUGUCCGAUCCCAGCGCAAAUGUGACUUUGCUUAACAUGGACACCCAGCAGCCUGUGCCGAGUGUCUAUGACAGCAAGCGAGGCGCCCUGGGGGUGUUCACCGCCGGAACCUACAUCUGUAAGGCCCUCAUAAACGGACAAGUCCACUACAGCGAAGAGUACAUCGUCCAUGGCUGGACGGGCGGUGGCGCUCUGCACGUCGAAUUGGCCGCCAAACGAACCGCUCUGUUGGUCGGAGACACCAUAACAGUCACCUGUUUGGCUCGCGGGUCGGAAAUCCUGGAGGACCACUGGAAAUAUCCCGGCAAAAUGGCAAACCGUGGGAAUAAGACGGUUCACGAGAAUAAGCGGGAUCAGGAGAUUCUUUAUACCCUGACCAUCCAACAAGCCUCGGCCAAAGACAGCGGCCUCUACGCCUGCUCCAUCACCGAUAUCAUGAGUAAUGAAAGCCAGACCAAGCAACUAGCCAUCACAGUUUAUGAACGUGAGUUUCUGUUCUUGCGGCCGGAGUUUGGCAGCCAGGAAUCGGCAGAGUUAGACGAGGUUCGUGAGUUCAGGGCCGAGAUUGACUCGUUCCCCGGCUCUCGCGUCACCUGGCUCAAGGAUGGACUCCCGCUGAGCGACGUCACUGCCGAGAUCUCCACCAGUCUGCGUCAGGUCAGCGAGACCAGGUACUCGGGCGUCCUCACCCUGAUCCGUGCAAAAGAGGAAGACAAUGGAAACUACACCAUGAGGGUGGAGAAUGGAAACCAAACUCACAGCGUCAGCUUUAACCUCAAAGUCAAAGUCCCUGCGGUCAUUGUGGACCUGAUGGACAUCCACCACGGGUCAGCUUCAGGCCAAUCCGUGGUGUGCAUCGCCGGGGGGCAGCCCACUCCGGAAGUGGAAUGGUUCAUCUGUAAAAACAUUAAACACUGUGCCAACGACUCAUCGUACUGGGUGAUGCUCCCUGCCAACUCCACGGAUGUCCAGGUGGAGUCGCAUGUGGACGAGGACAAUCACCUGGAGAGCCAGAUCCUAUUUGGCCAUUUGGAGAACACGUUAGCGGUGCGGUGCUUGGCCCGCAACGAAAUGGCCGCCGACAGUCGGGAAGUGAAGCUCGUGUCCAGCGGCCCUCAUCGGGAGCUGACCGUAGCUGCCGCUGUGCUGGUGCUGCUGGUCAUUGUCAUCAUCUCACUCAUUGUCUUGGUUGUUAUCUGGAAACAGAAACCGCGCUACGAGAUCCGCUGGAGGGUGAUCGAGUCCGUAAGCCCCGACGGCCACGAGUACAUCUACGUGGAUCCUAUGCAGCUGCCGUAUGAUUCCAGAUGGGAAUUCCCGCGCGACAGGCUAGUGCUGGGUCGCAUCCUGGGUUCUGGAGCCUUCGGGAAGGUUGUGGAGGGCACCGCCUAUGGACUCAGUCGCUCCCAACCUGUCAUGAAGGUGGCAGUGAAGAUGCUAAAACCCACGGCCAGAUCCAGUGAGAAACAAGCUCUGAUGUCAGAACUGAAGAUCAUGACUCACCUCGGACCUCAUCUCAACAUUGUCAACCUCCUGGGAGCCUGCACCAAGUCAGGCCCCAUCUACAUUAUCACCGAAUACUGCUUCUACGGUGAUCUGGUCAAUUAUCUGCACAAGAAUAGAGAGAAUUUCCUGAGCCUUAACCCGGAGAAACAGAAGAAAGACUUGGACAUCUUUGGAAUCAACCCAGAGGAUGAGAGCAGCAGAAGCUAUGUGAUCCUGUCCUUUGAGAGCAAAGGCGACUACAUGGACAUGAAGCAGGCCGACACCACUCAGCAAUACGUGCCCAUGCUGGAGAUGCCCAACACCUCCAAAUAUUCCGACGUCCAGCGCUCGGACUACGACCAUCCACCCUCCCAGAAAGGCUCGAACGAAAUGGAAGGCGACAACCUGCUGUCGGACAACAUGGACGAAGGUCUCAGCACCACAGACCUUCUCAGCUUCACCUACCAGGUGGCCAAGGGCAUGGAGUUCCUGGCUUCUAAGAAUUGUGUGCACCGUGACCUCGCCGCCCGGAACGUUCUCCUCUCUCAGGGCAAAAUUGUGAAGAUUUGCGACUUUGGGCUGGCUAGAGACAUCAUGCACGACAACAACUACGUGUCCAAAGGCAGCACCUUCCUCCCUGUCAAGUGGAUGGCACCGGAGAGCAUUUUUGACAACAUGUACACCACCCUGAGCGAUGUGUGGUCUUAUGGAAUCCUCCUUUGGGAGAUAUUCUCCUUAGGUGGAACACCCUAUCCCGGUAUGGUGGUGGACUCGAGCUUCUACAACAAGAUCAAGAGUGGAUACAGGAUGUGCAAGCCGGAACACGCGCCUCUCGAUGUCUACGAGCUAAUGAUGAAGUGUUGGAACAGCGAACCGGAGAAGAGGCCUUCCUUUUUGGGUCUGAGUGACACCGUCUCAUCUCUGCUCCCAUCCAGCUACAAAAGACAUUACGAGAGGGUCAAUCGCGACUUCCUGAAGAGCGACCACCCUGCCGUGACGCGGGUCUGCGUGGAGAGCGACGACGCCUACAUCGGUAUCGCCUACAAGAACCAGGGCAAACUGAAGGACCGGGAGAGCGGCUUCGACGAGCAGCGGCUCAGCUCGGACAGCGGCUACAUCAUCCCACUGCCCGACCUGGACCCCAUGUCCGAUGAUGAAUGCGGAAAGCGGAACAGACACAGCUCGCAGACGUCUGAGGAGAGCGCCAUCGAGACGGGCUCCAGCAGCUCCACGUUCGCCAAGCGCGAGGGCGAAACCCUGGAGGACAUCACGCUCCUGGACGAGAUGUGUCUGGACUGUAGCGAUCUGGGGGAGGACAGCUUCCUGUGACAUCAUCAUCGAGGGAGGGACGGAGGAACGGUGGGGGGUUGGGGCGACAAAGGACCCACCGUUCAACCAAACACUUUAGCUAUCUCGACCCCCACCCCUCCCAGGUGGAGGACAAACCACUCAGACUUUACCUCUCUUGGGACACUGCCCCCUGUUGGGCUGGAGGAGCGAGUGAAGGGGGAAAAAAAAGACUUUUUCAGUAGACAAGCUUUAUUCAUCGGGCAUUCCUUUAAAUUGCAAGAAGGGAAGGAUGAGCAGCUUUAAACCAACGCCCUUCUGAACACGUUUAACCACUACGUCAUCCGGUGCAGUCCAAAUUUGGCAUGUGGAUCCCCCACCCCCGCGACCCCCCAUCUACAUACUGUACAAAGCACCUGAUGCUGGCACAAUCAGUAGCAAUACUAAAAGCACAAAAACAUGUGCACAGGCAUUAUGAUAACGUGACCAGGAGGGCGGAAUACACAUUUAUUUUUUUACGUCGUCGUUAUGUACACAUGUAUUAUUUGUGAAUAUCGUGUGAAUGGAUUGAACCUUGUGUAACAGAAAAAAAAUUGAUCUUUUGAAGGAGUGUGAUUGUCGUGUAAAUAGCACCAGAGUUGUUUUUAUAAAGAGAGAAUGAGUGGGAAAUCAUAUUUUUAACGCAAGCACAUAUUAGGCUUCCCGGAUAGCAUGUAACAAUUGAAAUACAGUGAACCCACAUAUCUUUGAAUUUUUGGGGCCAUCCGGUGGCAUCUUGGUGCCAAAGAACUGUUGACGUGAGGUGAGGAACUUCAUUUAGAGUAAAGUAGUCAUUUGCUGCCAUCUUGUGGCACCUAUAGCCAAAUACAAUCAAAGUGUAAACUUUUUUUAAGCGUCAUUUGUGGAUCUUCGCUCAUUUGCUAUCACCUACGAAUAGCACGUGUGUGUGUGUUCACUGCAGACAGAAUUCGACAAUAUUUGUUGAGAGCAUGUCGUCCUCUUAAUCAUUCCGCCGACUAUCAAACAAGCACUAAAUAAACCAAACAUAGUCAUUGUCGUUGCGUGUCGUCCCCCAGCCUAAGCUGUACCACUGCCUUGUCCUCUGUCGACUGUGACGUCACUCACAAUCAAAUGUUGCACUUUGAAUUUUUUUUUUGUAGGAUUUUUUUUUCACCCAGGCUGACGGUACGCUGUCUGCGUCAUACUCAUAACAGCUAAUCACCCAAAUAUUGAUGCUUUACUCCUCGUGUCAUUGUACAUUCAGAUGAUUUACAAUAUAUAUUGCAAUAAAUGAUUUAUAAUGUGGAAGAAAA